UAGUUGACCAACCUGACGAAAGAAGACCAACCGAAUAAUAGUUGACCAACCUGAUGUAAAUUGACCAACCUAAUGAAAGUUGACCAACCUAAUGAAAGUUGACCAACCUAAUGAUAGUAGACCAACCUGAUGUAAGUUGGCCAACCUAAUAAUAGUUGACCAACCUGAUGUUAGUAGACAAACCUAAUGAAAGUAGACCAACCGAAUAAUAGUUGACUAGCCUGAUGAAAGUUGACCAGCCUGAUGAAAGUUGACCAGCCUGAUGUUAGUAGACAAACCUAAUGAAAGUUGACCAACCUAAUAAUAGUUUACCAACCUGAUGAAAGUUUACCAACCUGAUGAAAGUUGACCAACCUAAUAAUAGUUGACCAACCUUUUGAAAGUUGACCAACCUGAUGAAUGUUUACCUGAUGAAAGUUGACCAUCCUUGUCUCUCUGUCUGUAGGGAUCUGUUGCAGUUGAGGGCGGAGUUUUCUCGUCUCUCCUCCUCUCUCCUGUCCAGCUGUGACUCUGUCUCCUCCUCUCUGAGGCUCAUUGCUCCUCCCAUCAAACCCUUCUCCUCUGCUCCUCCCCCUCUUCUCCCCUCUGACCUCACUCCUCUGUCCUCCACCCUGGUCCUCCCUCCUCCAGACUCCUCAUCAUCUCUACCUCCUCUCACCUCCUCCUCCACAAUGGGAACCUUCUCCUUAGGAGAGCUGGAGCACAGAGAGGAGCAGGAGGAGGAGGAGGAGAGGUGGGAGGAGAAGGAGCGAGAGAUUUCAGAGUUGAAGCUUGUUCAUGAGACAAAAGUUUUCCAGCUGACAGAACGCAUUGAGGAGCUGUCUCGCUCGCUGCAGGCUGAGGACAGACAGAAGGAGGUGCAGAGACAUGAGGACACAGAGAGGAGUCUUCAGUCGGUCAGUCAGGCUGUGGUCAAACUGUCCAGAGUCCUGAGCAGCAGCAGGUCCAUGAGCGUCUCCACAGACAGCGUCUCCACAGACAGCGUCCUCAGUCUGGACCUGUCCUCCCUGCUGUCUGUCCUGUCUCACACUGAGAGCGCCCUGCAGUGGAGACACGAGGAACUACAGGGGGCGGCGCUCUCUCUGCGGCGGCUCGGUGAGGAGAAAACAGCUGUUCAGCUCCGACUGAAACAGCUGGAGGAUGACAACCAGCUGCUGCAAACACACUCACAACACACACAGCUGGAGCUCACACACACUGUGGACUUGCUGAGCAGGGAGCGGGAGGUGUCGUCCUCACUGCAUCUCCGGUUGGAGGAGGUGCAGAGAGAGAAGGAACGUCUGAGGAGGGAGAGAGACAGACAGGAGGAGAGAGACAGACAGCUGGAGACAGAAACACUCAGACGAGUAAAGGCUGAAGCGAUGGAGAAGCUCCAGCUGACGGAGACAGAGACUCUUCAGAGGAUGGAGAUCUUCUCUCUGAAGGGGGCGCUGGAGAGGCAGCAGCUGGACACCCAGAGAGCAGGAGAAGAAGCAGCUGAUGCCAGAGACGCUCUGCAGAAGUCCAGAGACAGAGUGUUGUGUCUCUCGUCCUCUGAGUGUGUGUUGAGGAGGGAGGUGGAGGAAGGACGUGACUCUUUGGACAAGAUGGCCACCCUGAACUGGUCUUUGGCGUUGGACAAGAAGGAGCUGAGCAAACAGCUGCUGAAGCUGGAGUGUGAGCUGUCUGACAGCCAAUCACAGCUGCAGACAGUGAGGUCAGAGGUCACCUGUCUGCAGAGAGAGGUGAGAACCCUGAACCUGGACUCCAGCCAGCUCAGAGCUCAGAGGGAGGAGGAGGUCGAUGUCCUCUGUAAGGAGGAGGAGGUGACAGUCAUGUGA